CGCUGGGACCUAACACUUUAGGGGGCACAGAAAUGGCGUCAAGAGCUCUUGAGGCUUUGACCAUAGAUACACCUGCAGCUGGGGUUCUGCCCCUCCUCUUGGGCAUGAAUCAAGAAAGCCUGGCUCUUAGAACUCUAGCUAUAGUGCAGGUCACACUGAACUGGUCACCAUCCCUGGCAGGUGGGAAAGCUUGGGCACAACAAAGCCAGCUUGCAUAGACAAAAAUCUGCAGACAACCAAACUGAUAGCCUCCUUCAGUCAAAUGACCUUGAAGCCAGCUUUCUGUUUAGUGCUAUCCAAAGGCUCUUGAUCCUGGCGGCUAGGAGGUCCUGUGGCUGGCUCCACUCUUCACCAGUUUACAGAAACUGGGAGCCCAAGAUCAAGGGAUCUAGUUGGGGUGGAGGGUGAAAGGGAGGGCCAGAAGAUCAGAGUACAGGAACGAGACUUCAGGCUGCAGAGGGAGAGUAUUUGUACGCAAGAGAAAUGUCAGGGAUGCCAAUACAAGCCCUAAGGAGAAUGGUGGUCAAGACAAACUGCUUCCCAGCUGCCUGGCCAUUCUCCAUACCCCGCCUCACCGCCUCCGCCCAGUUGCUAGCACAGACACAGGCGGAACGCAAAUAUCCUCCCGGUGUUUGCUGGGGAGAAGACUCACUGACACUUCCGGUGGGAGUGUCCGACACCGAGCUGAGCCAAUCCGAGGCCUGGAGUUCCUUGUGUGUGCGCAUUGGUGGCGCACAUCAUCACUCUGACUACAAUUCCCAAGGUGCACCGAGAGCAUCUCCCUGUUCAAACCGGCCAAUCGGCGACCGGCGAAGGCCAGCGCUGCGUUUAAACCCGUGGCGGAACACCAGCUGGGUUUUCGGCCCUCCGAGUGAAAGGUUAGAGGCGAUCUUCAUGGAAGGAGGAGACGGCCGCGACGUACCUUCGGCCAGCCAGGCGAGAGAAGUGAAGAUGGAUGCUGGUAGUAAGGAAGACAUUGUUCUUUUGGAAGAUGAAAAGUUUGACUUCGACCUUUCCUUGUCUUCUUCAAGUGCAAACGAAGACGAUGAAGUCUUUUUUGGGGCUGUUGGACAUAAAGAAAGAUGCAUUGCUGCCAGCUUGCGCCUAGGCAGCCAGGUUCCUGAGCGGGCUCUUGCAGCAGCCUCUGGCAGCCCUUUCACCUGGAGCCCUCUCACCGGGGAGAAGUUUGUAGAGGUGUACAAAGAAGCCCACCUACUGGCCCUGCAGAUAGAGAGCCACAGCCGAAGAGAGGUGGCCCAGGCUGCCAAGCCCCCAAAUCCUGGGAGCCAGGGCGUGGAAAGAUUUCUGCAAGACUCAAAGUUAAAGAUAAGUCUCUUUGAAAAAGAACAGAAGAGAGAGAAAAGCCCCACGUCACUGAAAAGAGAGACAUUCUGCCUGCCAUCUUCAGGGGUACAGCCUCUCUUAGGGGAGACCCAGCUGCUGGCAUCUCCAGCCCUGCUCAGUUCCCCUGUCCCAGCUGGCCCUGUUGAGACCCAGAGCAACCAGGAUCUGCCCUGCUCCUCUCAGCCGCUGCCAGGGGAGGCAAGGACCUCCCAACCUCCACAUCAGGCUGGGCCUCCGAGGAGGAUCAUCAGCAAGCUGCAGCCACCCCGAGCUCUGCCUAUAAGAGGAAAACCUCCUCACCUGGCCACAGAGAAGCUCAAGAAAGAGGUACCAACUAGUGUUCAGAGGAUGAAACCGCCUAGUCAAAAGGGAUCCCAGAGUGAUGUGCCCCUGGACAAACCCAGCACCGCUCCAGAUGCUGCCAGUAGAGGGAGCCGCCCGGGCAAACGAUCCCUCCCCGUUCCUAGCAAGUCGGGGCUGAAGAAGACCCUUUUGAAGCCACCUGGCUACACCAGCAGUCUCACGAGGAAAUCCUCUGCCUCAGGGUCUGCUUCGAGCCUCACGUCUGGUGCAUGCGUGUCUCCAGCAGCGGGCAAAGCAAAGUCCAGUGAUCUUUCAAAUAUGCCCGCUAGCAGCUCUCGGCCUCUGUCAAACACCAGCAAAUUGGGCAAAAUAGACCCCGCCCCUCUGCAUCAGGCUUUGCCAGCAGCCCCUGCCAGGGCAUCUUGCAAACAGGCCAGAGUGGCUGAUGCUGCCCAGACAACGGUAGAGCAGCCUAAGGCCUCCAUCCUGACUCCUCUCAGCCAACCACCUCAGACUCCAGAACAAAGACCGAGGCUGGGCCCUGACACGCUGACCUCUUCUCAGCUGAAUAAAACGAGCAGCGUAAAGCGGCAGGACUCCUACCUCAUCUGCAAGACAGAGGCUGCGUCUACCGAUACAAACCUGUUUAAAGUCCCCCAGUUCUCUGUUGGCGAGUCAAUUGAUGGCGUGACCCCAAAGUUCUCGCGGACACAUCGGCUGCAGUCCUGGACACCAACUAGCAGAGUCAUCAGCAGCACUCCUGUGAGGCGCUCAUCGGGGCCCACUUCACAAGGACUGCCCAGCGGUGUGAGGACCCCUGUGAGCGCAAGACGGAUGUCAGCGCUGCCCACACCUGCCAGUCGGCGCCUCUCUGGCCUUCCAUUAAUGGCACCUCAGUCCAUGCCCAGGGCUCUGGCAUCCCCGCUGUGUGUGCCUGCCCGGAGACUUUCUUCUGAACCCAGGAGAAGGUCCACAGUCAGAGCGGAGCCAAUACAGGAGAGCAGCAGCAAUGGGCAGGGCCGAGGCCUAUUCUCAGAUGAGAGCUCUUCCCCUCCGUCCUCCGUGCCUCAAGCACUUGACUUUUCUCCAGAGAAGAGUGACUUUCCUCCUUCCCAGGGCUCCACCACAGGCACAGCUCAGGGUGAAGCAGAGCCUCAAGAAAACACACGCCCCAGCGAGGAUCUUCUCCUGGACAUCAAGCUGGACCAGCUGACCAUCACUCCUGAAGCAGGGGGCAGAGACCUAUCUGACCACCCUCUCAUCGACUUCAGCAACACCCCUGAGUCGAACAUGGCUUUGGGACCCAGCAGCUGGCCCCUGAUGGACCUUAUAAUGAACACUCCAAACAUGGCCAGAAACAAUUUGGGGAAACCGCCAAAGGCUGAGCUUGGGCAGCUGAUCGACCUGGACUCCCCACUGAUUCAGCUGAGCCCUGAGGCUGACAAAGAAAAUGUGGACUCACCACUGCUCAAGUUCUGAGCAGAGCACCUUCUGCCCUUCACAGUUGACCUCUGUCAAGUCCUCAGACCGUAGACACAAACGUUGGAAGGAAUUGUAUUUGACUGGGGGUAGGCCUGUUACACUGCUUGUGUCUGGAGUGGUGCCCAGGUAGGGUUCCCAUUGUGGACCUAAGCAGUCCACGUCUGCGGCUGCCCCGCUCCCUGCCUUGAUUCUUUUGUAUGUAAAAUAGCUAAUGACUGUUUGUAAACUUAAAUUUGUUUGAAAAGUUAAAUAUUCUAGAUUUAAAUUAAAUUAUAAAUUACA